AUGGCUGGCAGCGUGCCGCCUGAUGGUCCUUGGGGUGUGUCCUGGUCCGAUUUCCGAGUUCACGCCACAAAACGAACAAGAUCGAGCAGUCCGACUUAUGAGCGCGAGGCCCAGUCCAGUAGAAAGAAGAGGAACCGAGCAAAUCAUGCCCGUCAUUUACCCAAUGAAACUGAUGAGCUGCACCAAUUCAUCCAGGAUUUGGAUGACGAUGAAGAAGAGUGGGAGGACGAGGAGGAGGAGGAGGAAGAAGAAGAAGAAGAAGGAGACGAGGAAGGAGAGGAAGAAAAUGCCACUCUCAAGAACGUCGACUCGCCACGUCCGGAAAGAAUGGAGAUAGCAUACAUCGACAGCCUCAUCAGCGAGAUGGAGAAUGUCUGCGGUCCGCCACUAACUCUGGAGAGCUCAUGA